GCGUCAGUGCAGUUACCUUAGAAGUUUUGUAAAGGCUCCUUUGCUUUUGGGAAAUGUGCCCAGAGGAAGAACUCUUCAGCUGAACCCUCCCUCCCUCCGGGGGUGCCCUGGGUUUUUGGCUGCUUGUGUCCUCAGAAUGGGGCAGGCUGGCACUUCCCUCUGGCUCUCCCUGGAGCAGGGCUCACCGCUUGUCCUCUUCUCUACUCACAAAACCCUCCUGGAUGGGAUCCUGCUGCCCUUUGUGCUGCUCUCCCAGGGCCUGGGUGUGCUCCGUGUGGCCUGGGACUCCCGUGUCUGCUCCCCUGCCCUCAGAGCUCUGCUGAGGAAGCUUGGGGGGCUUUUCCUGCCCUCAGAGGCCAACCUCUCCCUAGACAGCUCUGAGGGGCUCCUUGCAAGGGUUGUGGUCCAGGCGGUCAUAGAGCAGCUGCUGGUCAGUGGGCAGCCCCUGCUCAUCUUCCUGGAGGAACCUCCUGGGACCCUGGGGCCACAGCUGUCAGCCGUGGGCCAGGCUUGGCUGGGAUUUGUGGUAAGGGCGGUCCAGGUGGGCAUCAUUCCAGAUGCUCUGCUGGUACCAGUGGCUGUCACCUAUGAUGUGGUUCCGGAUGCACCGUGUGAAAUAUACCAUGCCUCAGCCCCCCUCGGGCUGUGGACAGGAGCUCUGGCUGUCCUGCGGAGCCUCUGCAGCCACUUGGGCUGCAGCCGUCAGAUCUGCUCCCGGGUACACCUAGCUCAGCCCUUCUCCCUGCAGGAAUACACCAUCAGUGCCAGAAGCUGCUGGGGCAGCAGGCAGACCCUGGAGCAGCUACUGCAACCCAUCGUGCUGGGCCAAUGUACUGCUGUCCCAGACACUGAGAAGGAGCAGGAGUGGACCCCUAUAAUUGGGCCCCUCCUGGCCCUCAAGGAAGAGGACCAGCUCCUGGUCAGGAGAUUGAGCCAUCAUGUCCUGAGUGGUGAGGGUGAACCAGAUCUGGGCCUUUGGGGGUGGGUCCCUGAACUGUCCCCUCUCUCUGGGUCAGCCAGUCUCCAGGGUCUUUCAUUCCAAAUGAGGCUGCAGGGCAUAGAGCUGCUGAGCCAGAACGAGCUGUACCGCCAGAUCCUGCUGCUGAUGCACCUGCUGCCGCAAGAGCUGCUGCUCCUGCAGCCCUGCCAGUCUUCCUACUGUUACUGUCAGGAGGUGCUGGACCGGCUCAUCCAAUGUGGGCUCCUGGUUGCUGAGGAGACCCCUGGCUCCCGGGCAGCUUGUGACACAGGGUGACAGUGAUUGAGCAGAAAGCUGCUGUGGAAACCCAGUGGGGACUUUACUGAUAGUGACAGUGAUGAUUUUGAAGAGGCCGAGGGCUGGUACUUCAGGGUGUGUUGGAAGAAGCAGCCCCUGGAGGGAGGUGGUAGGGAGGCUGUGGGGAGGUGCACUCACCCCGACCUGUCCCCUCCAGCUCAGAGCAGUUGCGCUGCCCAGACUUCUUUCUUUUCCUCUGCCGCCUGCUCAGCCCACUGCUCAAGCCUUUCACACAGGCUGCUGCCUUCCUCUGCCAGGGCCAGCUGCCCGAUACUGGUGAGGCCCUUCUUCCCUUGCAGUCCUCAAAGCAGGCUCUGUCUGUGCACGGCCCCAGGUCUAGGUCUUCUCUCUUCUGCAGUCAGGUUACACAAAGCAGCUGUUCCAGUUCCUCUAGGCCAAGGCUCAUGAAGAAGGGAUCUUUGAGUGUGUGGACCCAAAGCUCGCCAUCAGUGCUAUCUGGACCUUCAGAGACCUAGGGGUAUGAUGAACCAAUGUCACCAUCUUCCUGUCCUCCUGCUCCCACCCCGAUAGAGCUGCUCAGGAAAACCCAGCUAUGUCCCCACCACCCCACAGGGCUCGCCUGAUGGUGCCUCAUUAAG